GAGGAAAGCAGAAGAAAGGAGUGCAUAGUUCCAGAGCUCCAGCCAGAGGAAGGUGAGCGACGUGAUGGAAAGGUGCUGCUACACAUGAAUUUCCAAGAGAACAUUUUUUUUUCCACCAGUGCCAACAUGCAGAGCAACUACUCCCUGGUCAUCACCACCCGAGACACUCUGCAGCUCCUCUACGCAGCGCUGACCAACACAUCGGCUGCCCUGCGCGCACCACCUCCCUGCCCGCUUAUCUCUUCUGGCUACCAAUUUUCAUUAAUUCCGGUGCUCUUCUCCGUGGUUUUUGUUCUAGGGCUGGUUGGCAACAGUGUGGUGGUGGUGGUGCUCUGUUGUCAGCGUGGUCCCCGAACAGUUGCUAAUAUCUACAUUUUCAACCUGGCCGUGGCAGAUUUGCUGUGCCUCCUUACCCUCCCCUUCUGGGCUACCUAUUAUGCACAUGAAUACAACUGGCUUUUUGGGUCUCUCAUGUGCAAAAUCUCCAGCUCGAUCCUGUGCCUGAACAUGUUUGCAAGUACGUUUUUCAUUACGUGCAUGAGUUUGGACCGGUACCAUGCUAUUGUCCACCCUAUUCGCUCUCAAAGGAGAACUCUGCAGCAGGCAUAUGUGGUAGCAACGGUUGUGUGGAGCCUGGCCUGUUUUUCCUCCCUCCCGACUUUCUAUUUCCGUGACACACACUAUGUUAAAAGCUUGGGGGUAAACGCUUGCAUUAUGGCCUUUCCUCAUGACAAUUACGCAAAAUGGUCUGUGGGAACAGCCUUCCUGAAAAAUAUGCUUGGUUUCUUCAUCCCCUUCACCGUGAUCACCAUGUGCUACAUCUGGAUCAGGAGGCACUUGCUAAAAACACAGGAGUUUGGGAAAAACAAGCAGAAAAGGGACAAAGUCCUAAAGCUGGUGGCUGCCGUUGUUGUGGCCUUCUUGAUUUGCUGGCUCCCGUUCCACAUUUUAACGUUUUUGGAUGCCCUGGCUUACAUGAACAUCAUUAACGACUGUGCCGCGAUAGGCGUCAUCGACACAGGACUGCCCUUUGGCAUCUGCCUGGCAUUUGCCAACAGCUGCAUCAACCCUUUACUGUACUGCUUUAUCGGGAACCAGUUCCAGGAGAAGCUCCAUCGCUUGUUCAAACGCCGGGUUUAUCAGUUCAACAGCCAUCAAGAGAGCUCCUCUCUGCGAAAAGGGAGCUGCUUCAGAGAUGCCGAGACCCUGGGGGGCAGCGAAGGGGGACCUGAGCCCACGCAGUAG